GAAGGAAAAAAUAGGGAAACUAGCCCUGAAUCGUGAAGCAGGCUCAUCUCCUGUCUCCUCCCACCUCGGCCCAGAAGAACGAGAACAGAACCUCGUAGAUCCACCUCCCUCCCUCACCGCAUCGCCACCACCACCGCUUCCACUGUUUCCUUGUCCUCCAUCCCCUCCCUCUCCUCCUUCUGCGCGGAAAAACCCAAGCGCUGCGGUAAGGGGGAAGACCAGGGAAGUUCUCAAACCCUAGCCCGCGGGCUCCUCCUUCUCCUCGGCGGCGGCGAUGGAGAUGGUGGCGGCGGCGCCGGCGCCGGCGCCGGAGAUGCCCGCUGAGGAGGAGAUGGCGCUCAUCCGGGACAUCACCGUCGCCGCAGAAGCCCACGCCAAGGAGGGCGACACCUUCUUCCUCAUCACCACCAGGUGGUGGCAAAGUUGGAUUGAUUAUGUCAUUCAAGAUUUGACUAGCGCGACAAGUAACGGUUCUCAUCAUAAUGAGUUCGGAUCCAACACUUCAAGAAGGCCAGGAGCUAUUGACAAUUCAGAUUUGAUAGAUGAUACAGCACAUUUGAACUACAUGGAGAUUGAGCUACAUGAUUCCUUGGUUGAAGGUCGUGAUUACAUACUUCUUCCUCAGCAAGUAUGGGAAAAGUUGCAUGGUUGGUACGGUGGAGGGCCAACAUUACCAAGAAAGGCAAUCAAUACUGGCUUUUCUCAAACUGAUUUAGCCAUUGAAGUUUAUCCUCUACGUCUGCAGUUACUUCUGAUGCCAAAAGGAGAGCGAGCCAUUAUAAGGAUUAGCAAGAAGGACACAGUUGGUGAACUCCACAAGAAGGCUUGUGAGCCUUUUGACUUGAUACCAGAUGAGGUGUGCAUUUGGGAUUAUUAUGGUCAAACAAAGCAUACAUUGAUGGAUAACUUGGAGAAAACCCUUGAUGAUGCCAACAUUCAGAUGGAUCAAGAUAUUCUAGUUGAGAUUACUACUGAUGCAAAUGGUACUUUAGAUGGUGGAUGCAUGAGUUCAAUUCAAGAUAAUGAAUUUUUCGAGCGAGGAUCAACUUCUUUGAUUGCUGAUACAUCAAAAUCAGGAUUGUCAAAGGAGAAUUUGGCAUCAAACAACUAUGCUUCCAGGAGCUACAACUCUAGUCUGGCACUUUCCAAUGGUGACCUGGAUAAUGUGCAUGGUACCAGUGGCAUGACCACGAGGGGGUCACCUUCAGGUCUUACAGGGCUCAUUAACCUGGGAAAUACAUGUUACAUGAACAGUGCCAUACAGUGUCUCGUGCACACACCUGAGUUUGCCAGAUAUUUUCGUGAAGAUUACCACCGCGAAAUAAAUUGGCAAAAUCCGCUUGGUAUGGUGGGUGAACUUGCAUUAGCAUUUGGUGAGCUGCUGAGAAAACUUUGGGCUCCUGGCCGUGCCCCAGUUUCUCCUCGACCAUUCAAAAUGAAGCUUUCUCGGUUUGCAUCUCAGUUCAGUGGUAACAACCAGCAUGAUUCACAGGAGUUGUUGGCGUUUCUCUUGGAUGGACUACAUGAAGACUUGAACCGUGUGAAACAUAGACCUUACAUAAGGUCAAAAGAUGCUGACGGUCGAUCAGAUGAAGAGGUUGCAGAUGAGUAUUGGGCAAAUCAUAUUGCUAGAAACAAUUCAAUCAUUGUUGAUGUAUGCCAGGGGCAGUACAAGUCAACUUUGGUCUGUCCUGUCUGUGGAAAGGUUUCAGUGACUUUCGACCCGUUUAUGUAUCUUUCACUACCCCUACAAUUCGCCUCAACGCGAAGUAUGUCCGUGGUUGUCUUUUCAUGUGACGGGAGUGCUCCGCCAACGCCAUUCACGGUAAGUUUACCGAAGCAGGGUAGAUGCAGGGAUCUAUUCCAAGCCCUCAGCAACGCAUGCUCACUUAGAAAUGGGGAGAGACUUCUAAUUGCCGAGAUACGAAAUCAUAGGAUCUAUCGUUUUCUUGAGGAUCCAGUUCUUCAACUGUCUACAGUUAAUGAUGAUGAUCAUCUGGCAGUUUAUAGGCUCCCAAAACUGGAAAGGAGGGCAAACUACAUUCAGUUUGUGCAUCGUCGUGAAGACUUGGACCAUGGACACAAUAGCAGCUUGAUGUCUUGGAAACCCUAUGGCGUUCCUCUUCUUGCACAAAUAUCUCGUAAUGAAACUGUCACAGGUUAUGAUAUUCAUGAGUUGGUCCGUAAAAUGUUUCUGCCCAUGCUAAGAAACCAGGACUCUCAGCAUUCAGCAGUUCAAAGUUCUGUUUCCACAAGAACACAAAGUUAUCAUACCGACAGCAGCAAAUUUCAGCUACAUUUGGUUGAUGAUAACAGCACAGUCAUUGAGAAAUCGGACGAUGCUAUCAGGGUCCCGCAGUCUUCACUUGCGACUGUAGUUUUCGUGAAUUGGUCCAAGGCAGAUCUGAAAAAGAUCAACACUCAUCAUUUGGAGAACCUCCCGGAGGUGUUUAAGUUUGCUCCUCCAGCCAAGCGAACACGUAGUGAACCUCUCUCACUCUAUUCAUGCCUGGAUGCUUUCUUGAGAGAAGAACCUCUUGUACCUGAAGACAUGUGGUACUGUCCAAGGUGCAAGGAGCAAAGGCAAGCUAGCAAAAAGCUGGAUUUAUGGAGACUUCCAGAAGUGCUAGUUAUACAUUUGAAGAGAUUCUCAUUUAGUAGGUCAACAAGACAGAAACUAGAAAUUUUCGUCAAUUUUCCAAUACAUAACUUUGAUUUGACACGCUAUAUUGCCAACAAGAAGAGUUCACACCGCCAAAUCUAUGAGUUGUAUGCUGUGAGCAAUCAUUACGGCAGCAUGGCAAGUGGGCAUUAUACUGCAUUCAUAAAGCUUUUGGAUGAGAACCGGUGGUACAAUUUUGAUGAUAGCCAAGUUUCUGCCAUCAAUGAAGAAGAUGUGAAGUCUGGUGCAGCUUAUGUGCUGUUCUACAGAAGAGUCAGAGAGCAAGAUGGAGCAGUUAUCAAUGGAACUCAGCUAUCUGUGAGUAGAAAUCACAGAUCUAGCCAAAGAUAGACUCAUUCAUUGCCCAGAUUUGUCUAACAUAAGAGGAUUUUCAGUACGGAAACCUGCAUUUCUUUUGUACUGGAAUUUCGGAAAAGGCUGGCUGCAUGGACUCAAUGUGAUAUAAUUCAGGCAAAGAUUGUGAAAGAUAUUGCAAAAUCUUGCAUCAAUGGAGAAUGGAGUAUUGGGUGAUGCAGAUUCGGGAUUGCACAUGACGAAUGUAGGGUGUGGCUAACUCUUAUAUUACGCAUAUACAGCUUAAGUAGGGAGGUAGGAGUGGGCGGCGUUUUGUUGUUCUGGUUCCCUCUAGAAGAGGGAAACAUGGAGCAAAAAAAACUUUUAGGAACACUUUUUUGUUCGAUUUGUUUUUUCAUUUGUUUCAUUUUUAGAUGUAGUUAAUCUGUACACUAUGUUGUCUCAUAGUGAAUGUUGGAGCUAAAACCAACGGAGAUGGGUGCGCCAGUGUUUGCUGUGGCGCUAUUGGUUCAUGCCUGUGGUGGCCAACUAUACCAAAUUAUGGAACCGCGAAUGCGCCAUUGGCAGUGUCAAUGCAUUAUUAGCCUUAAAUUA